ACUACUAUGCAGUACGGUAAAAAGAAAGGUAUUAGUUUUGAGAAAGAGGGUUUCAGCCAUCUUCUAUAACCUGGAGAAAAAGAGGGUUUCAGUUCUGCUGUGCUGUACAAUAACAAACGGCGGCAGUGACAAGAUGGGUAACGACUUUAAGAUCCUGAAACCCCAACCCACCAGUCCUUCAAAAACGCCUCUCCAUAACUCUCAAAACGACACCGUUUCGACUCCAUCUGUUCCUAAAACCGACACCGAGAAUCCAUUGCCGGAAUUGCCAGAAGAACUCAUCAUCAACGAAAUCCUCCUUAGACUUCCAGUGCGAUCUCUCCUUCAAUUCAAAUGUGUCUGCAAAUCAUGGAAAACUCUAAUCUCUGAUCCUCAAUUCUCAAAGACCCAUCGAAAAGCCUCAACCGCGGAUCCACUAUUGGUCACUUCCGUUAUUCAUUCUGGAAAAUGCGAAAUCAUAGCUUACCCUGUGAAGCCACCACCUGAAAAUCUAUCAACCCCUGUUGAGUCCUUUAGUAUCUUCGGCACGAGACGCAAGUAUCAUAUUAUAGAUUCAUUCAAUGGUUUGCUUUGUUUGUAUGAUGUCAGCCAAUUUAAUUUCACAUUGUGGAAUCCUUCUAUCAAUUUGAAAUCCGAAACAUCUCCAACCAAUGUUUUGUCUGAUUAUAAGUUUAUGACAUAUCAUGGUUUUGGCUAUGAUCAUGUUAAUGAUAAGUACAAGGUGCUGGUAGUUAUGCGAAAUGCAGCUGUUGUUGAUUAUAGGGAAAUUGUCACCAGAAUUUAUACCUUUGGUGAAAAUUCUUGGAAAACUGUUCCAAAUUUCCCAGGAAAGUCUCAUGUGUGGUCAGGGAAAUUUGUGAGUGGCACUUUGAAUUGGUUGGUUAAUAAAAGAGCUGGUGGUAAUUCUAGUCAAAGGGGGAUUCUUUCCUUUGAUCUUGGGAAGGAGACUUUUCGCGAAGUGUUGCUUCCUCAACAUGAUGGUUACGAUGUCCGUAACUGCGGGCUGUAUGUUUUGAGUAACUGCCUUUGUGUUUGUUUUGAUCACUCGAAUAAAAAUCAUUGGGGUGUAUGGAUGAUGAAUCAAUAUGGAGUUACUGAGUCAUGGACUAAAUUGAUGAUCAUCCCUUGUAAAAAGUUAAUGCGGCAUCUUGUUGACCCCUUGUUCAUUUCAGAAAAUGGUGUUCUGAUUCUGAUGAUGAAUUCUAUAUAUUCCAAAUUUGUUCGGUAUAACUUAAAUAAUGGCAGAAUUGGUUAUCCUAAGAUUUUGGGCAAACUUGGGCGGGAGAUGCAUAUUUACCAUGAGAGUCUGGUAUCACCGCAAUGGAAUUAAGAGACAGGAAUGCUACUAGUUAUGCUUUUACUUGCAAAAACAGUGGACUCACAAUUUUCAUCUACACUUGCAAGAGUUAUUUGUCUGUCUAUGACUCUAUGUAGGCUUCAAAGUCUAUGUAUGUCUUUCGAAUUACAAUUACAGAUUAUCAACAUCACAAUGAAUUUGUUAGAAAAACUAGGUCUUUAUGAGUACCGUGUUUAAAAUGCUAAGGACUGUACUUGAUUUUAAUUAUACGUUUUCUUAUAAAAAAGAUUUGCUGAGUAUUAAGUUUUUGAUGAA